CUACUAACGUCUUUUUACAUUUUUUUUCAGGUUGUGUCUAGAGAUUGCCAUUCGUUAGUGUCGGCUCAUUAUCGGUUAGAUUCGCACCCGAGGGUGUCAUCUCUCCACGAAGUGUUGGUAGGUAGUCGUUACCUAUACCUAGUGUUCCCUGAAGCUCACGGAGACCUGCACUCUUACGUCAGGUCCCGGAGGAGACUUCGGGAAUCGGAGGCGAGAAAAUUGUUCAGGCAAAUCGCCGAAGCCGUUCAGGCCUGUCAUCGGAAUGGAAUUGUUCUAAGGGAUCUUAAGCUUCGGAAGUUUGUUUUUGCUGAUGCUCAAAGAACGGAAUUAAAAUUAGAAUCGUUAGAAGAUGCAGUAGUAUUAGAAGAACCCGAAAGUGAUUUAUUACAUGACAAAAGGGGAUGCCCAGCUUACGUUAGUCCUGAAAUCCUGAAAGCUGGAGCACACUACUCCGGGAAAGCAGCCGAUAUGUGGUCCUUGGGAGUUAUUCUGUAUACCAUGUUAGUUGGAAGAUAUCCUUUCAACGAUUCCGAACAUGCGUCGUUAUUUGCGAAAAUUUCGCGAGGUCAUUUUUUAAUACCGGAGUGUCUGUCGCCGAAAGCUCGGUGUUUGAUUCGGUCGUUAUUGCGAAGGGAACCGUCAGAACGGAUUUCGUCGGAGGAUAUUUUGUUUCACCCGUGGAUGGUGCGAGAAGACAGGGAUUGGCAGUCGAGAGCCUGUGAUCAGCUAGUGCCAGAGAUUAGUUUAUACGACGAGGACGAAGACUAAAAGCCGAAACUAAUUAUGUAUGUUAACUAAUCAACAACUACUACUACUACUACUAAUUAUUAUUAUUAUUAUUAUUAUUGUAAUUGUGCAAAGUUGAAAACGUGCUGUGUAUUUAACUAGAUUUUUAUUGCAUAUUUGGGCCAUUUGUUAAGUUUCUUAUUUGGUACGUGUCUCUUUUUUUGUACGGUUCUUCCCUCCGUCUUGGUGGCAGAUUGUCAUGUUUUUUUUUUAUUAUUUGUUAAAAUAUUACAAGAUACAAGACUGAUUUCUGUGUUAAAAAAACAAUAACACAGCUUAGAAUUGUAUUUUUAUCGUUAAAUGUUCCAAACUUUUAACUACAUGUUAAAUUUCUACCUAUUUUCGUACAAACAAAAUUUGUUACCAUUCUCGAUAAUGAUUGAAUCGAGUUGGCUUUGGUAACCUGCGGCACGCAGGCGGAUACAAGGGGUUGCAGCGGAGGGGACGGCGCCUAGAAAAGCGUCCCCUAGGGGAGAGGUGAGGUCUAGAAACCAAAAGAAUGAAGUCAGUUUUUGAAAUUAUUCCAUAAAAUACAUAUUAAUAUCCUUAAUUCAACAAUCAGGAUCCCCUGUCGGAGGCAUGAUAGGGGGGUA